AUGCGCCAUUUCGCCGAAACACUUUCAUUUUGGUUCGACACGUGCGAUCGUGAUCGCCAUUUCCAGUUAAAUGUCCCAGAAAGAGCACUGUUUUGUCCGGUUCUGCGAUUCGCUGUAUACACUGCUUCUGCUGGCCAUUUGACGCGAUUAGCGGCUUGUCGAGGUGGCUCAAAUUAUAUCAUCUUCGAUGGCAUUAGGCUCCAUGGGCUUACAGCAGACUCCGCUGUGCGCUAUCAUGAUACCUGCAUCGCAUACCUUAUUCAGUUGUCAAAUGACCCCAAUGAGCAGUACAACGAGGAUGUACUCACGGCUGUCACCAUCUUGAGGUUUUAUGAGCAAAUCGAUGCACCAUCCUUGGGAAUCGACUCUGAAGCUUAUCUCAACACCGUUCAAUGCAUUGUGAACAAUCAGCAUGAUGACUCUUUUUAUGCCUAUAGUACCAUUCAAGGACCUCCCAGGGAUCAAGAUCUUCAAGUGAUUCCCUCGGCAUCCUUACGCCAUUCAGCCUGUUUGUUAGCGCUGCGACAGGAGAUCUGGAGCGCUUUUCUCAAUCAACGCACUUUUCGUCUGCCCUUGUGUCCAGCGAAUGACUAUACCGUCUUUGAUUCCGCCGGGGAUUUCUCCUGGACCAAUCGGAUCCUCGUCUGGUGUGCCGAUCUUCUCAAGUUCAGCUUUGGUGAAGGGAAAUCAAUGACUCCCCAGAAGCAGCUUGAGCAAUGGACUAGACUGAAAGCGUUUGAGUUGAUGUGGGAAACAAGCAAACCAUUGGAGUUCAAACCUCUGUAUUUCAAAGAAGCCGAUCCUUCCAAUGGACAAUUCUUCCCUGUCAUAUGGCACAAUAACGCAUGUCAAGCAGUGGGUGCGCAGCAUAUUGAGCUGUCUCGGAUUUUACUAGCUGUCUCCAAUCCAAAAAUGUCUCGGCUUGGACUAGCAGCCCGCGCAGCGAAUAUAGCAUUGGAGGAGGAGCUGAGAGUCAUCAUUCGUCGACUUUGUGGUAUUGCGCUAUCGAACUCCAAUCCGGUCUUGAUGGUGGAUGCUGCAGUUGGUAUUUCUGUCUGCGGUGAAUAUUUCAACGAUGCUGCGGAACAAGAUGCCAUUUUGAAAUUUUUGGCCGAUCUUGAAUAUCGCCAUGCGUGGCCGACGGCCGCCACUUCUGCGGCCCUCAAGGAGGCUUGGCAGAGUUAA